AUGCCAGACCGCCGUGGCGGCCAGACAAGCGCCUCAUCUCAGCCCAAUGUUCUUGAGCCUGUCACGGUGGAGGAGUGCGCGCUGACUUUCAUCAUGGAUUUUGAGGCGCGCAGCUUGAGUGCGCACUGUGUGCUGGUGCUGGUCGGAGAAGAGGCUGCGCCUGAGGUUUGCUUGCACAUCAAUGAGUGCCUUCAGAUUCAUGAUGUCCAUGUAGAGGGCACAGACUUGAGGCUGGACUUCGUCCUGGAAAAGUGCCUUCCCACCGGCCUUGCUGCUCUCGAGGGUUCACAGAUGAUGAGGGUUAUGCUGCCACAAGAAGCGUGGACAUCCGGAGAAUUUUGCAGCAUAAAGUUGGAGGUCAAGUACAGAGUUCUUCCUGGCUCGACUGCUUUGAUAUGGAUGGAUGGCAGCGACCACGACGACGACCCACAGAUGGCCAUGACGCAGGACCAGCCUGGCUGGGCGAGCGCACUCUUCCCGUGCAUGGAUGAACAGGCCGUUCGUUCCAGCUACUUGCUGCGCCUUUGGGUGCCCGAGAACAUGCUGGCCAUCGCAGCGGGCGGAAGGCUUCAGGAGCCAGCUGCGCACAUGAAUGGCCACCUCGAGUACACUUACCGCUUCGAUUGGAAAAUGCCUGCACGCUCUCUCACCUUCAUUGCCGGAAGGUUUGGUCAAACAUCAGGCAGCUUUGCCAGUUUCUUCGGAUUGACGCCUCCGGGCUCCAUUCAGAAAGCAGCAGAGGAAUUUGAAGACUCGCUGCAGCCCCUUCACGAUGCAUUGAUGCACAUGUUCGAGGAUGACGAUAAAUCGGGACCUGCGGGUGGUCCAGUCUUACAGGUAGUGCUGCUUCCUGCUCGUGUUUGCCCGCAAGGAGGUCGGGGAGUUCUCCGGCUCUUGAUCUUGCCUAUGUACAUGCUUUCAACUGGGAAGGCAAUGUUAUAUGCUCUGGAACUGUGCUUGGUGAAGGCAUGGCUUGGUAUAUCUGAUUGUGCUUUAUCUUGGCGAGAUCGGUGGCUUUGCAGCGGGUUGGAGCUGUAUGUGCUUCAGCAUUUGAUGCGAGAUGCUCAUGGUCACGCUGCCACUAUGCUCCAUCUCAGUUUGCUUUGGAGGGGAUUUUGCAGAGCUGCUCAACAACACCCCGAACAUGGUGCCGAAUCGAGGCCACGAUGCACAGCUCGCGCUUGGGAGAAGCGUUUGGGUGAGCUGAAGGAGCUCGUGGGCGGCGACCUCGCCAUGUACUUUUGGCUCGGACAGUCGUUGUCCCCCCAGGAGAAUGAAGCUUUAGUGCGUCGGCUCAGGGGAAAGUAUCGAGAUGUACCGAUUUCUGAGGAGGCUGCGCUUGCUGCUUUGAAAGGCUUUUCAGAAUUGACCAUGGACCUGGCUGAGUGGCCACCAGAUGAUUGGUGUGCCGAGCAGCUUCGGAAGCAGCUCCGUGCAGCCAGCAGUCUCGCCGAAGUUCGCGAGGUUGAGAAGGUCGCCAGCGCUUGGGAGGACAUCAUCCCGGUCGAAGUUGUCGGUGGCAGCGAGAACAAGCUGAACAAGCUAAUCAUUCGGACGGCCAUUCAUGUCAAGGUCAAGUGGACGGUUCUACAGCAGCUCUUCUUCUUGGACCUGAUACAAGACAGUACAUCUAUAUACCGUGACAGCGUGGUCCACAUCGGCAAUGCAUACGGGUUCAAUGCUUCGUCGAACGUGGAUGUGUUGCGACGAUGGUGCGUGAUCCUUAUCAAGCACAACUGCCAAGAUCAUGUCGGUGUCCUCGAGACAUGCUUGGAACUACAGUGCGAGGUUGCGCACUUCUCCUCUAUAUUCUCCGCAAUGGUCGAGAGGGCACAGAGCGUGACGAGGUGGAAAUUCAUCGCGCAGAGGCUUUGGAACUCCAUGCAGCCGCGCAUCCACCCACUUGUGCAGAGUCACAUCUUCCGGAUAUUGGACAUCGGUGGUUGUAUUGGAUGCUUCUGA